UAAAAUUUGAAAGUUGAAACCCUCCCUGUAACUAAUUCCCCGCGUUUCCUUCUCUCUUCUCGCACCAUGUCCACUCGCAUUCUCUUAUUUUUCAUCUCUCUCUCCCUCCUCCCCCAGCCAUACCCCUGCAUCGGCGUCACCUACUCCGCCCCCACCGCCACCCCGCAGCACCCCUCCCCCUCCCCGGAGCGCAUCGCCGCCGGGCUCCGCCACCUCAACGCAAGAUCCCUCCGCCUCGAAGACGCCGACCCCGCCAUCACCCGCAGCCUCCUCUACAGCAACACCACCCUCUUCCUCACAAUUCCCAACUACAUGGUCACCUCCAUCGCCCAAAACCGCUCCGUGGCACAGUCCUGGCUCUACACUCACGUGGUCCCCUUCUAUCCACGCGUCAAGAUCACAACAAUCUCCGUCGGCAACGCCUUCCCCGAUGUGUACCCUAAUUCCGUGAACGACCUCCUCCCCGCGAUCUCCAACGUCCACGUGUCCCUCCGCGACCUCGGCAUCCGCAACAUCAAGGUCUCCACCUCCUUCUCAUUCGUCACCGCACUCACCUCCCCUUUCCCUCCCUCAAACGCACAGUUUCAAGAACCCAACGGCGCAACCCUAUUCGGUCCACUCCUCCAAUUCCUUCACGACACCAACUCCUCCUUCUUGAUCAACCUCUACCCUUACAAUCUUUAUCGCCUCAACCCCGAGAUUCCUCUCGGAAUCGCGCUUUUUCAAGAACAUCCUUUUAACUUCCGCGACGACUUCACCACCGGUGUUCGGUACCGGAACCUCUUCGACGUCAUGGUCGACGCCGUAGUCUCCGCACUCGCCGUCGCCGGCUACGAGACCGUGCCGAUUAUUGUGACCGAAACUGGCUGGCCGAGCUCCAGCGCCGCCGCUAACGAGUUCGACGCGAAUUUAGGGUAUGCCGAGAUAUACCUCAAGGGGCUCGUGAAGCAUCUUAAAUCUGGAAUGGGGACGCCGUUGCUGAAAGACGGUGUGACAGAGGUUUUCGUUUACGAGAUGUUCGAUAAGGAGGAAGGAACAACAGGGAGGAGCUGGGGGGUUCUCUACCCUAACGGAACUGCAAAGUACCAUCGCGUCGAUUUCUCGUGCUCCUCGGUUGCUUCUGGGAGUCUUCAUAUCGCGGUGAUGAUCAUCAUCUUCUUCUUAUCGCUUUUGGUUAUUGUGUGAGUGAAUUUGUUAAUUCUGGUGAGGUUAAUUGGUUUUUUUUUUAGUAGUUUAGGGUUGGGGAUUUGUUGAUUAGGGUUGAUUUUGUGUUGAAUGUUGUACUCUGAAAUUUGUUGGUGUUCAUAGUUUGUAAGAAGAUCAAUCAAUAUAGCAGCUCGAUGUUAGUUUGUACGAAGAUGCAUGGGAUCUUUGGUUUUGUUUUGUGAUAACAUAACAGGACUAUAUCCCUUAUGGAAGCUUUUAUUAUUCAAAUUUUAUCUUUCAUAACAAACUUAUUCUUUUCUUUAAUUUUUGA